AUGCUCAUAAGGCGCACUAAUACAUUGAACCGUAGAUGGUCAUACAUCGACACCACUAAGACAUACAUCCGGUUGUGCAAGUCCAAAAGCGUGGAGCCGUCCACCGAAACGCUGCCGGACGGCACCAAAGCGCACUGGAUCGGGAGGAGCAGAGAUGCAAGCAUCGUUUCACUAUACUUCCACGGCGGCGGGUUCAACACAACCGGCAGGCCAGAAUAUCUCGACUUCUUGUCUUCCGCAAUUCAAUCCCUCAACCAGUCCAGCGACUCCCCCAGGCUCGCCGCGCUAUUUCUGCCCUAUGACACCCUCCGAUUCCGCCCCGGCAACAUCUUCCUCGGGGGCGAUUCGGCGGGGGCCAAUCUGACUCUAGCGCUCCUGGGCCACAUCCUGCAUCCGCACCCCGACGCGACUAUCUCCAGGAUCGAGCUCAGCGAGGGGGAGGCGUUGAAGGGGGCGUUGCUCAUCUCUCCCUGGGUCGAUUUCUCGCAUUCUGCGCCGUCGUUUAAGAGGAAUAGGGGUAAGGACUGCAUCUCAGUCGGCACGCUUGACCGCUGGGCGGGCAACUACCUCAGCGGCGCGCCGGCGGACCCGUGGAACCAGCCUUUAACUGCGCCGCGGGGCUGGUGGAGCGGGCUGGGUGCAUGUGUGCGAAAUGUGCUGGUGGUGGGUGGGAGCGAUGAAAUCAUGAUUGAUGACAUCGUGCGGCUUGGCGAGGUGCUGGGGCGGGAGUGGAGGGGUAGGAGAGGGGAUCUGGAGGUUGUUGUUGCGGAGGGGGAGGCGCAUGAUGUUGUGUUGAUUGAUCGCGCGAUUGGGUAUAGACCUGAGGAGUUGCGCAUGGAUAGGGAGGUUAGGAGGUGGUUAAAGGAGAACUCGUAG